AGAGUGUCGCCUGACCCGGUGUCCCGCCAACUCUGCAGCUCCUUCCAGCUCUGCCCUUAGGGGACGGGGGAAUGGGGUGGGAGAGGCUUUUCUGGGGCUCCAUCAAAGAGCUUGGAUUUUUCUCAGAGCGAUGGUCUCAGAUCCUGGGGUGUGCCCUUCUCUGGCAAAAGACGGAGCGCCUAGAUGUGCCCUCAAGUCAUUCUGCCGCCGGAUUCCGGUGUCUGCCCCCUUAGCGGGAGUGGGCCUGCUGAUAGCCUUUCUUAGCACGUUCGGCUGCCUUGUACGGGCCCCAGGUCUGAGCGUGAGUAUGGCAGAAGGGGACACCCUGAUAUCAGUGGAUUAUGAAGUUUUUGGGAAAGUGCAAGGUGUGUUUUUCCGCAAGUACACUCAGGCUGAGGGUAAAAAGCUCGGAUUAGUAGGCUGGGUCCAGAACACUGACCAGGGCACAGUGCAAGGACAAUUGCAAGGUCCCACCUCCAAAGUACGUCAUAUGCAGAAAUGGCUUGAGACAAGAGGAAGUCCCAAAUCGCACAUUGAUAGAGCAAGCUUCAACAAUGAGAAAGUCAUCUUAAAGUUGGAUUACUCAGAUUUCCAAAUUGUGAAAUAAUGGUCUGAAUUUAAAUUUUCCAAGAUACUCAGUGGUUUUGUUUUUUUAUUUUUAAUAGGGAUAGAAUUAUUCUGUGUUCAAUAUUAGAAUUUGUAAGUAAGUUAUUUUAGUAUCAGAUAUUUGAUAGUUACUGUAUGUGUAUGAUGGAAGGAUUACAACUGUACACAAUUCUAAUCAAUAAAAACACAGAACCUUC